UCAGGUUCAUAUGGGUAAGGCUGCUGUAGAUUUACCUACAUUUAGAAGGAUAAAUCAUGAAGCAUUUCUCUCCAUGAUAUAUGCCUUUGUUUUGUUUGCCACCCUAGAUUUUGUAUUUUCUGAGACUUCCGUUACAAAUUGCAUUCUUGACAUUAAAAACUCUUCCUCCGCAAAAGAAUCAAAUUGUGAAUUCGGCAACUGGGGAGGUUUCAUCAACGAUAGUUGUUGUGGAGGAGCCUUUGAAGAAUACCUUUUUGCACUUGGGCGGCAGGCAAACCUUACAAAAGCCAUUUACUUAAAUUCCACGGAACAAAAAAACUGCUUAACCUCAAUGGAAAGAUUUGAGAAAGAUAUAUUUGGCUGUGGUAUUCAGAAGCUAACAAGUGGAGCUGGCGGCUGUUCCGACUAUAUUGUCAUGGAUGUUAUUGAUAAGCUAGGAGAUAGAUUCAGAAAUUUACAAGAAGACUGUAAGGAGUUAGGCUCAGGAGGCAGACCCGAUCAUUCUUGCAGUACAUGUUUGGGAAGAUGGGACGAGAUUGGUGAAUCAUCAGGAUCAGACUAUAAACAAGAGUCUGCUGCUGCUGAUGAUGCUGAUGUAUGUAGAUUUGCAGUACUGGUGUCCAUGAUAAGCCAUAGGAUUGAUGAUGAAAACUGGGUCUAUGCAGCAUUUCAAUGCCUCAGAGAGUGGGCUUUUUCCUUAGAUGAACAUGGAGGCACAGCUAGCCAUGGUAUCAACAGGACAGGUUUGUGGAUUCUACUUGGUGGGUUAGUGGGAGCUAUGAUAAUAUUAGUAGUUGCUGCAUGGAUCUUCUUCAGAAAAAGGAAAGAAGAAAGCCUCCCUGCUGGGACAGAUGAAUCAGAUGAUUCAUUCUCUGAGCAUUCUGGUUCUGAGAAGAUUUCAGUGAAAGAACUUUAUUCAGCAACAAAUUAUUUCAAUGCAUCAAACUUCAUUGGCCAAGGGAUAGCUGGAAAAGUGUACAAGGGUAUUCUCUCAAAUGGUCUGCAUGUUGCCGUUAAGCACAUAAUCAAUGAUGGACAGAUAGAAACUUUUGUCAGGGAAGUCAGAAGCCUAUCUCAUAUCAGGCAUCCAAACCUUGUAGCUCUGCAUGGCUAUUGUAAGAAUGAAGAUGAAUGCUUCCUAGUCUACGAACUGUGCCAUCAUGGGAACCUCUCCGAGUGGCUAUAUGGAAAGGAUAAAAUUCUUUCAUGGAUUCAAAGACUCAAGAUUGCAAUUGACAGUGCAAUAGGCCUCUGGUUUCUCCACACUUAUCCUGAAGGUUGCAUUGUUCAUCGUGAUAUCAAGCCAACAAAUAUCCUUAUCAAUGAUAAAUUUCAAGCAAAACUCGCAGAUUUCGGAUUGUCUAAAGUUAUGGACAUAGGUCAAUCCCAGGUGAGCUCAGAAGUGAGGGGAACAUUUGGUUAUGUUGACCCUGAGUACCGUAGAAACCACCGUGUGAAUGCCUCUGGUGAUGUUUACAGUUUUGGUAUAGUACUUCUACAACUUUUAUCAGGGCAGAGGGUGCUUAAUCUGAAUCUGCACAGACCAUUGCCUCUAAGUAAAAUGGCAAAAAACGUCACUAGAGGGGGUGACAUAACCAAAUUUGCAGACCCGAAACUUAAUGGGGAAUACUCAUUAGAAGCUUUUGACCUUGUACUCAAGCUAGCUUUGUCAUGCACAGGGAUAAAGCAGGAAAGGCCAUCCAUGGAGCAAGUGGUAUCAAGACUACAAAACGCAAUUCAUAUCUCAACACAAGCAAAGCCAGUUGCAUCCCGUGAAACAAUCAUAUACUCAAGUUCUAAAGGGGAAGUAUAG